UCCGACCAUGACUUUAUCUCUCUCGCUCAGACAUUUCAUUGUUAUUCGCCAUAUUCGUUCUAUAUUCAAAAUGGGAAGAGCUAUUGUGUAUUUUGGAUUUGCAUUUCAAAAAAUGUGUCGACAGUGACAAAAAAGAGCACACGUAUCCAUGUUGCAGGACAAGUAUUUUAGUAUCAUUUACGUUGACUUCGCCUUAUCUUCCGCAUUUUACAGUCCGUGUCUGAAACCGGCAUGCGCUUGGAGCUUCUAUUUCCGUGUCCUACACACGUCAGAGUGGCCUGACACCAUGGAAUCCACUCGAACAUUCACCUUUUCUGAUGAAGGGGAUACAAUGGAAAUUCUCAUCCCAGAGGUGAUAGACCCUGCCUUUGGGAUGUACGUGUGGCCAUGUGCCCCUGUUCUGGCCCAAUAUGUCUGGUUCCACAGAGAAGAAAUCAGAAACAAACAUGUGCUAGAGAUCGGUGCAGGGACAGCUCUACCAGGAAUCCUUGCUGCCAAAUGUGGAGGAAUUGUCUCCCUCAGUGACAGUGCCAACUACCCACGUUGCCUUGACAACUGCCGCAAGAGUUGCGAAGCUAACGGACUGAGGGGUGUGUCAAUUCAUGGCCUUACUUGGGGGGAGUUUUCACCCGCUUUGCUGCAGCUUCCUCCUCAGGACAUCAUACUUGGUUCUGACUGCUUUUAUUCCACUAAAGAUUUCGAAGACAUCUUGGUCACUGUUGCCUACCUUCUCCAAAAGAUGCCGACAGCUGAGUUCUGGACAACGUACCAGGAGAGAAGUGCGGACCGGUCCAUUGAGCACCUGUUGAUGAAAUGGAAGAUGUGUUGCAGACACGUCCCACUCCCCUUGUUUGAGGCAGACAGUACCGGCAUUGCUGGCUCGACUCUGCCAGGCAACCACACUGUACAUAUGAUGGUCAUUACUUUGUGCAGAGAUAGUGGCUGAUGGCAUGGUUACCGAUAUACCCGAGUUGUCUCACAGACAAUGUUCAGAUGGAUGAAAAACAUAGCGUCCAGAGAUAGCGGCUGAUGGCACGGUUGCUGAUGUACCCGAGUUGUCUCACAGACAACGUUCAGAUGGAUGAAAAUCACGGCGUCCAGAGAUGGGGGCUGAUGGCGCGGUUACUGAUAUACCCGAGUUGUCUCAGACAACGCUCAGAUAGAUGAAAAUCAUGGCGUCCAGAGAUGGGGGCUGAUGCCGCGGUUACUGAUAUACCCUAGUUGUCUCACAGACAACGCUCAGAUGGAUAAAAACAUCUUGUGUCCAGAGACAGGGCUGAUAGCACGGUUACUGACAUACCCGAGUUGUUGAGACAAGGCUUGAUGGAUAAAAACAUGGCGUCCAGAGAUAGGGGCUGAUAGCACGGUAACUGACAUACCCGAGUUGUUGAGACAAGGCUUGAUGGAUAAAAACAUGGCGUCCAGAGAUAGCGGCUGAUGGCAUGGUUGCUGAUGUACCCGAGUUGCCUCACAGACAACGUUCAGAUGGAUGAAAAUCAUGGCGUCCAGAGAUGGGGGCUGAUGGCACGGUUACUGAUGUACCCGAGUUGUCUCACAGACAAGCUCAGAUGGAUGAAAAUCAUGGUGUCCAGAGAUAGGGGCUAAUGGCACGGUUACUGAUGUACCCGAGUUGUCUCACAGACAACGCUCAGAUGGAUGAAAAACACAUGGUGUCCAGAGAUUGGUCCAGACGGCAUUGUAAUGGAUAUUUUCUUAUUGAUUGAGAUUGUCUGGAAUAAAGACAUGACGACAAUUAA